UAUUGAAGACCAAUUCAUUUGGAGUCAUUUUUCUGUCCACCUGGUGAAUUGGCUGGUUGACUGACUGGCUCUUCAGCACAACAGCAUACAGUAGCAGCAUGGAGCCAGCGGCCGUGAGCUCUGCUACACCCAGGGAGGAGACAGACAGCCGGCCUCUUCCCCCAGGGUGGAGGAGCUACAUGUCACCUGAGGGACAGAAGUAUUACGUCAACAGCUCCAGUAAAGAAACAACAUGGCGACGCCCCUCCAUGUCAGCUGAGGCCCCGCAGAGAUCACUGGCACAACAGAACUCCUCACCAUAUGCCAAUGGAAGCCACAGCAGAAUAAAACCCAGCCAGCCCACAGAGACGGCCAAUGUUGCUCUGAGGAAACCUGUCAUGAACAAACAGUGCUGAAAGAAAAUGUCAAUUAGUCAAUUUAACAACAACUUUGGACAUUCAUGGUUUCCAG